AUGGCCAUGUUUGUGGCGGAAGAAACGCCUUCAGCUCUGGAAAGCGCCUUGUUGCCUCUAGGGCUGAAGCUGGGGCGAUCAGGACGGACGGCGACCCCAUUCCUAGACCGCAAAUACGAAGAUUACUCGGUAUUCGUCCUCGAGAACUCGCCUCCCACCCUGGAACCCCUACCCAGCACCCCGUCCAUAGUGCUGCCCGAGAGACUGUAUAUCAGCGUCCUCAUCCACACCCCAUAUCCACAAUCCAUCGAGCAUCUAGACCCUCUCUCUGCCGAUCUCCCAACUUUCCAAGCCGCGCGACAACAGCAGCCCCGCCAGGGAGGAAAAAGGGGGGCCGCAGGAAAUCUACCAUUGUAUCCUCCCGAAACUGUUCACCGCAUCGCCCUCGUGUCUCUCGCCAGUCAACCCCGUCGAUUCGGAGGAGUCUGUCUCGCGCAUCCUGUUGGGCUGACAGCUGCUGCGUUACGCUCGAAUUCGUCGCUCUCGUCAUUCGACGUCAUCACGACCCCUUUCGAUCCCUCCAACAACCGCCUCAUAACCCUUCGCGCACCUCCCGCGGCGUGGCAAGUCGCCCUUUACCGAUCCCUCGAUCUCUCCUCUAUACCCGCUUGCCGAUCCGGCCCCCGCCACCUCUCGAUAUCCUCGAGCCUCAUAACCAAAAGACCGCUGUUAUUCAAUAUUCGACCGCUAUGGAUAGGAGGAGAUAACCCAGGUUUAGAAUCCCACGUUGCCCCCGAGUCCGCCCAUCAGUUAGGAUCGAGAGAGAGCCAUCACAAUGGUUGCAAAGACCGCCAUGAGGCCGACGCUUCGGUCGUCACACUCCCACUCGCACUCGAGCUCGACUUCACACCCCCAAUCGCACCGAACACUGUCGCGAAAAUCUUCAUCACCUCUAAGCCCGGCAUUGCGAACGUCGGGCUCGCAAUUACCACCCAGUUCCGCAACAAUACGGACGUCAACCGGCUCCCAAACAGCACUCCGCGGGAUUCAGCCAUAGGCCCAAAACAUAACUGGAGCCCGACGUCAGCCAUACUUCCUUUUGGAGGAGUAUCUCCAAAGCAUCUACCCUUAGAUUCGAAUCCAGAUUUCGAGGCCUUUAGAAGGCAGACGGAGGAAGUCAAGGGCUUCAGUUUAGGACAUGGCAAUCUACAAUAUUUCGCAUCUAGUCCGGGGCCGAGACUUGAUCACAAGCCAACCAGGUCCGAUGUGAAGGAGCACCUUCCAUCCCCCAAGGUACGGCAUGGAGCAGCUGAUGGGACGGAGGUCGAUGGGGGACCGAGUCCAGGUCAGGCUGCGUCAGGUCAGAUGAGGAGUGCCGUGGAGAGGUCACUGUCUACAUCAUUCUUCGACCUCCCACGUCAAGAAUCGCCGGCUAUGAUUAGUUCUCCGGAAACUAGAGAACAGCGUAAUAUGAUCUCCAGCAUCGAAAACAGACAUCCACGUCUAUCUCUACCCCAUAAUAAGGCGGAUCCUCCGACGCCCCCGGACAGACAGCAAAAUGCCAGCGCGCCUCACCGUGCCGCGACGCUCCCGAGCUUGCUCGAGCGUGGGCCUGCCAUGAUAUCUCCAUCUCAACUGCGAGAUAUCAUGAAACGACUGCCUCCCUCGGACUUCCUACUCCUGGACCUUCGCGUCUCCCCUCAAUAUGCGACAUCACGUAUUGAGGGUGCUUUGAAUCUAUGCAUACCUACAACCUUAUUGAAACGGCCCUCUUUUAAUCUUAAGAAACUACAGGACACAUUCACGAACGAUCUUGAGAGGGAAAAGUUUUCGAAUUGGAAGACUGUGAAACAUAUCGUGGUUUAUGAUGCAUACUCCUCGGAGAAGAGGGAUGCCGUGCCCGCAAUGAAUACACUUAAUAAAUUCUUUAAUGAAGGCUGGGAAGGCACCAGCCAUCUCCUAAGAGGCGGGUUUAGAGAAUUCGCAAAGUGCUGUCCCCAGCAGGUCGAUGACCGCUCCACGAAGGGGGCACAGCCAUCAAAAAUUAAUUUGUCUCUGGGGACCUCACAAUCAGUCGCCGCACCAGUUGCUGGUGGUUGCAUGAUGCCAGCAAACAAGAAUCCGGCCAAUCCAUUUUUCAGUAAUAUCAGACAAAACCAGGACUUAAUUGAUGGCGUAGGACAGAUGGAUGUCAAGCUUCCGGAAUCGAUUAGUGAAAGCCCUGAGAAAUAUCUCCCAGAAUGGCUUGUCAAGGCUACGAAAAAGGAGGAUCACGGGAAGAGGAUUUCGGACAAUUUUCUACGCCUAGAGCUCGCCGAACAGGCGAGAAUGAACAAAGCGCUCUCUGGAGGUGUCUUCUACGGAGCUGGGGCCACGGUCGCUGGUUCACAAGGUGUUCAGAUUGCUGGUGUUGAGGAAGGUGGCAAGAACAGGUACAACAACAUCUGGCCAUUCGAACAUGCCAGAGUCAAACUCCAAGGCCGCCCUCAAGGUGCUUGCGACUAUGUUAAUGCCAGUUAUAUCAAAGCGUCACGAAGUAACAAGAGGUAUAUCGCCUCGCAAGGGCCCCUACCUGCCACAUUUGACGAUUUCUGGAGUGUUGUCUGGGACCAAGACGUUCGGGUGAUCGUAAUGCUCACGGCCGAAAAGGAAGGCGGACAAGUCAAGUGCCAUCCAUAUUGGUCAAGCCAAGAUUACGGCCAACUACGGCUCAAGAGCCUUUCAGAAAAGAAAGUGUCUCUUGAUCCCAAGCAGCGUCGUAUGUCUGAAAGCCGUCGAGAUACCUCAAGAAGGAGGGCCAAUACCACUAUGGAAAGUGCCCCUCCGGCUCCGGCGUCUGAGAUACCUUAUGCUAUUGUCCGCAAAUUCACUCUUUCGCAUGCUGCCCAUCCAUUUACGCCGAUGCGUGAGAUUACACAGGUGCACUACUCCUCCUGGCCGGAUUUUGGGGCGCCGGCAAACGCAAACCAGCUCCUGAGCCUCGUCGAGCUCAGUAACUUGAUGCAGCAUACUGCAGCAUCACCUACCCAGUCACCCCGAUCAGACGAUCCCGAACUGGAUCAAUCGCCUAGGCCCAUGCUCGUGCACUGCAGUGCUGGCUGUGGACGCACCGGCACUUUCUGCGCCAUCGAUUCGGCUAUCGACAUGCUAAAGCGCCAGCGCAAAGAACUGACAGGCGGGGUUACGCCAAUGGAAGUAACCUCCCAGAGCGAAGGAGGUGAUUAUUUGGGCAAAGGGAAACAAGUGCCUGGAGAUAGCGACUGGAUCUUCAAUCAAGAUAUCGAUCUGGUUGAGAAGACGGUUGAGGAUUUUAGAGGCCAGCGUCUGAGUAUGGUGCAGAGCUUGAGACAAUAUGUCUUAUGUUACGAGGCAGUAGUAGAGUGGAUCGCACAGCAACAUGUCGGUCAUAAUAGCACUAGACGAGAGAGAAGUGGUAGUGAUGGCGGCACGAUGGAAAGAAGAAAGUCGAACUCAUAA